AUGGCGAACCAAUGCUCCGGUCACUCCUUUGCCAUCACUCAGGCCAGCAACGGCAACAUCCUCACCUGGCACUGCCAUGACUGCACCGGCGGUCCAUUCACGGCCGUCUGGCUCUGCAAGAUCUGUGGCUACGUCCGCUGCCACAGCUGCCACCAGUCCAAGUCAUAA